UAUUUCUUAAAUUAAGACUUAAUUAAUAAAUGAAUAAAUAAAUAUAAUGGUUUACAAUGUGACUUAUUUUAAUUUCAAUGGAUGCGAAAAGUUUAUAAUCUUGCGUAAUGGCUUAGAUAUCUGCGCAUUGUGAUGCUUUCGGAGAACUAUCCAACGUUACAGGUUAAAAGAAACAUGUUUAGGUGCUAUAAAAAACUAGCCAUUUUACUCUGCAACAUAUUAUUUUGUUAGCUUUCUUUAUCACUUUAUAAGAAGUAACAAUAUUUGCACGACUCAUUUUAAAGUGGGAACCGUAGCUACUAUGUCAGAUAUUUGAACGCACUACAACAUAAAGUAGUGUUGUAAUAAUUUUCUAUACAAAACAAAUGGGGUUCGAUGAAAAGGUUAUCAUUUUGCAAAGCAAAGAGUAUCUUAAAGAAAAGUAUUGACACUACAAUUCGCUGCUGUGACAAAGAUGUGGAAAGUAUAAACCGAAAACGUAACGAGAAUUAUUACGAUGGGGAUUUUAAAAGGAUGAUUUAUAUUUCCUGAUACAUCCCUAUCAGCGCGCGCAAAAUUAUUUCACCUGCGAUGUGUAUAGUUCCAUUUGUUCUAUGCAUAAAUAUUUGCCUUGUCUGUGCAAGGUAUUUCGAAAUUAAAUCUCACAUCGUAGAAAGCUCCAUGCUCUGGAAGAAAAGGUUUAAGAAUUUGGAUGAUUACCCCAUGCUAGAACAUAUAUUUUCAGAUAACAGGAUUUUUUAUACGAAUUGAAAGAUAUAUGAAUAGAUAAAAGAUUUAUUGAAUAAACUAGAUUAAUAAAUAAAAAUUGUAUGGAGAAAAAAUAAAAAAUAUUUUUGUUGUUGUGUUGUUGUUAUGACAACUAAUUUAUUAGGUCGCUGGUAAAAUUUGUGUGACAUAUCUUACUACAGAAAAGAAUUAAAAAAUAUAACCAAACAAAACAAAGCUACGAUCACCUCUGUUGCUUUGUUAGAAUACAAGGAAUUAUAAAAAACAAAUUAGGCUAAACACCUGCGUGCCCCUCAAAUGAAAGAAGAGAAAAGACGGUCAAAUUUGUAAUUAGAUUCGAUUAAGAAAAAACAUCUAUUGUUGACGAUGUUAAUACGUUUUUAAAUAAGAGGUUUAUCUGUCAGAUUAAAAUUUAUGAUUACUUUCGUAUCUUACACUUCCUUCUAACGUUAUGAAAAAACAAUACACUUUUUUUUUAAGAAAUUUCAAGUAUUAAUAAAUAUGGCGCUGGCGUUUAUGCUCCUGCGAACAAAAAAAUCAAAUGCCCUGAAACCUGUCAAUUUUUAGCAUAAAAUUGCAGACAAAUUAAACACUUUUAAAUAUCAUUUGAAAAUAGGGUACAUUUCUUAAGCCACGUUAAAUGUCAAGUAUCAGUUUUUUUUGGCUAAAAAUUUCACAUUUUAUUACCAUUAUUCAGUUCCAAUGAACUGAACAAACAAUGAGAUUUUAUUGUGGUGAGAUCUAACCACUCAAUAGCAGAAUUACUAAUUCAUAGAACUAAAAAAUUCUUUAGAACCCGCUGAAACUGUCAAAUUGGUUUAUGUGGUUUUCUUUUAAUUGUCUCAAAUUAACUCUUAGACUCCGAAGUACGACAAUUGGCGUCACAUAAGGCCAAAAUACCGACAUGUCGUUAUUAGUCAUUUUGUUGACGAAAAUAUCGUACUGCAAUCAAAAUUCUUGUAAAGCUUUUCUUAACCACAAUUACUAAGAAUUGUAUUUUUGCAGGUUGAGUAAUUUGUAAAUAUGGGAAAAUUGUUGUGAACAUUUCUGGUAAAAACAACACGUCUCAAAUACAAGAGACGAAUAAUCACUUCUGCGUGAAACAUUUGUCAUUUGAUCGGUUGAUGUAAAGCAGAAACAAUAGUUAUUGUUGACAAUGUCAAGUUAAGUUCUAAGUAAGAGGUUUACCUGUGAGAUUAAAUUUUGUUAUUACUUUCGUAUCCUACACUUUGUUGUGACGGCUCUAACAAAAGUGUUUAUUUGCUAAAUAAAACUUCUAAAAAAAUAUAAGUUUGCGCGCUUUUUGACUGCUAUUUUCAAACUAAUACAAUUUGAACGUUUUUUAGAUGUACAGGCUAAAAAUAUAAAGAACAGACCGCAACGAUUGAUAUUUUUUAGAUGUACAGGCUAAAAAUAUAAAAAACAGACCGCAACGAAUGAUGUUUUUUAGAUGUACAGGCUAAAAAUAUAAAAAACAGACCGCAACGAAUGAUAUUUUUUAGAUGUACAGGCUAAAAAUAUAAAAAACAGACCGCAACGAUUGAUAUUUUUUAGAUGUACAGGCUAAAAAUAUAAAAAAUAGACCGCAACGAUUGAUAUUUUUUAGAUGUACAGGCUAAAAAUAUAAAGAACAGACCGCAACGAAUGAUAUUUAUUAGAUGUACAGGCUAAAAAUAUAAAAAACAGACAGCAACGAAUGAUAUUUUUUAGAUGUUGAGUAAAAAAAAAGAUUAACGCUAGAAUUGGUAAAAUUUCGUCUCAAGGAUACAUGAAAUUCUCAAAUCGUUAUUAUAGACAAAUUUUUGAUUUUUCUAUCAUUAGGAGGUUUAUAAUUUAUAAAAAUAUUUAUUUUGUAUAAAAAAUAUCAAUUUCAGCAGGAAAAAGAUAAAAAAAGGAAAAAUAUAAAAUAACAAAGUUUACAAAAUUUACGGUUUAGAUCUCGAUGUCUCAAAAACUCUACAUUUUUUAAGCUAAAAGGUACAAACAUCUAAAAAUAUCGAGACAAAACUAAAAUACUAAUGUUUUGGGCAUACUGAGCUCUCACGGGUGUCUAUUUUGUUUAAAAAUGAAUUUUUUUGAUCACAGUGUGAACGUAAAAAUACAAAGGAGAAGCAGGAAAAGCAACUUUUUCGAUAUUAAUUCAAAACUUACCGAGACAACGUUUAAGUACUAAGUAGAGUAGAUUUAAUAGUGUGAUUUUUAUGCAAUAAGCUGUGAAUCCGUUUAGGGUCAAGAGUCGGCAACUCGAAAAUGGUGAUGUUCAAUAAUUAUUUAGUUUACUAUCUUAUGACAUGACAAACUUAUCUAGCUUCCAGAAAAUAUUCAUUUCUAUAUAAUUUAUAUACUUCGCUGUUUACGAAAUAUAGACAGUAUUCUUAUCACGUAUUCUUAAAAACAGAAGAAAACAAUUAGUUAAGAAAAAAACAAUUCCAACGCAUUUUCAAUUUUGUAUUCCUAAAAUCUAUAUUAGCGCAAUAGUCAAUUUGGUUUAUGUGUUCCUUGUCUUCUUGCGUGUCAGGAUGCGCGCGCAUAUGUGAACAUUUGUAAGCAUUUAUUACUCACCUAUAAUCUGUUUCUUGUGUCAUUUCACAUGUAUAUGACUGAAAAAUUUUUUAAAGAAAAAAAGGGUGCAAGUAAAGGCAUUACUAGUAACUACGCAGGGGCACUACCAGGUAGGGUUUCUAGAACCGGGUGGAAAUUAAAAAUACCUCUCCCCUAAAAACGAUUAUUCUGCCAUUUUACGUAUUUACGGGUUUACGGCAAUAUGUUUCUGUCGUUAUUUGUAAUAAUCGUCGGGAUUAGUAGCAACUUAUGUAAUUUGAAAUAACUUGUCGCAUGUAAAAGGUUCAUCACGGCCACAUGAGAAUGACUCAUCCCGAUCGGACUUCGGAACAUAACGGGCGAGUAUAAUCGGUAUAAUCAAAUUGCAGGAGCAUCGCUAAUAUACUGCCUGACGGCGAGCGAGAUUUUAUACGCGAUCCUAAGAACUGGCAGCUGCAGAAAGAACAAUUACAUGCCCUGCAGCAAUAUAUUAGCGAUGUGAAGCAAUUCGUAAUUAACUUACUGUCGCAAAUUGUAAUAAGUACAGAAGUACUAUAUCCUUGUUUCGUGUGAGAAAAAGAAAAGAAUUUCUUUACGAGGGUAUGAAGUUUGUGCCAUCCAUCUGCACUGUCCUCUAAGAGGUUUUUGAAAUAGAGUGGUUUGUUGAUGUGCGAAUGAAUAAAACGAUAAUAUUUUAAUAAUAGAAAUACUUUUUUGAAUUCAAUAUUUUUUUCAAAGCAUUCGAUUCAUUAAAGAAGAAAUUGGUAGACCUAUCCCCUGCGAUCUUGCCUGGCUCGAAAUAUGAAGACAGUAAGUGACAAUAGAGCAACUAAAUUAGCCGGGCAACAUAUAUCUAAAUUAACGGUUGCAUUAUAUAUAUCAAAUACUUUUAAGGUUUGAAUAAGGACCACAUAUGGUAGCUUUCUAGCUAAAUAAACUAAUUGAUAUUUUUUCAGAUCCAAAAGACACUGAAAUUAAUUUUUUUUCAAUUAUUUUCUUCGUGUUUUUCAGAACAAGUUUUAUCAAUUCCAAAAUCCCCAGUUUUAACCGUUUAAAUUUCUUCAACAUGAUACAGUAGAGUCUCCAUAACUCGAACCUCUAUAACUCGAAUCUCUCCUUAACUCGAACAAAUUCGUUGGCACCGUGAAAAUUUCCUAAUAAACUCUUAUAAAAAAACCUCUACAACUCGAACCUCCAUAACUCGAAUCUUCCCUUAACUCGAACAAAUUUUUUUGUCCCUUGGAGACUUUUCUCUCCAUAACUCGAAUUUUCUGACAUCAUAAUCAAAAUUCGAACAGUUUUCCUGAUAAAUUGGGUCUAAAAAUCUUGUUAAUACGUGUUUUGCAGGCCUUAUUAUUAAUUCGAAUGAUUAAUGAUGCGUCAUCCAAACCUUUCGAACGUCUUUUUCGAACGUUUUCGAGAAAAUCUAAAGAAUUUCAAAAGAAAGACACUCUCAUAACAAUGUCGUCUGUGACAGGAUCAAAGCGUCGAAUUGACAAUAAGUCGUGCAAAAUCAAGUACAAAGCUCUUAAAGCGUUGGAAAAGGGUACUGCGCCAAAGGAUGUGGCAAAAGAGUUCAAAAUUCCUCCAAGCACCCUGUCAACUUGGAAAAAAAAAUAAAGAAAAGAUUUACAAGCAGUUUAACAACGGGCAAACAUCGAAGAGAUCAAAGCCAGAAAAAUUCGAAGAUGUGAACAAAGCUGUUCAUAAAUGGUUACUUAUGAUGAGGAGUGAGAAUAUCCCAAUCAGUGGCCCGAUGCUGAAAGAGAAAGCUCUUGAGUUUGCCGAAGCGUUGGGUGUCGAGUCAUUUCAAGCUUCUCAGGGGUGGAUGGCUAAAUGGAAAACCAGGUAUGGAGUAUCCUUCAAAACCAUCGCUGGAGAAUCACGGUCCGUCACUGAGGAAAUGACAGCGCCAUGGUCGGAGACAACAUUACCAACCAUUCUCUCCCGCUAUCCUCUGGAAGACAUUUUUAACGCCGACGAAUUUGGGCUUUUCUUUCAAUGCCUUCCCAAUAAAACUUUGCAUAUGAAAGGUGAUAAGUGUUCUGGAGGAAAACACAGCAAAGUUAGACUUACUGGUUUAGCUGCUGGUAAUGCCUUGGGGGAACGAUUGCCAAUGUUUGUAAUCGGCAAGUCCGCCAACCCUCGUUGCUUUAAAGGUGUCAAAACACUACCCUGUCGAUACCGUUCGCAAAAGAAGAGUUGGAUGUCUGGAGAGCUGUUCGAAGAGUGGGUACGCGAGCUUGAUCGAAAAUUCUCUGUCUCUAAGCGAAAAAUUGCUUUGAUUAUUGACAAUUGUACCGCACAUCCUCAUGUUGAAAACCUGGAAUGGGUAGAAUUGAUCUUUCUUUCUCCAAAUACCACGUCCCGAACCCAACCUAUGGACCAAGGAAUUAUCCGCGCCCUGAAAGCAAAAUAUCGAUCGCUAGCAGUGCGGAAAUUGAUAAAAGCCUUGGACGAGGAAAAAUCGACUCCGAAGUUCUUGAUUCUUGCAGCUAUGUACAUGCUAAGGAAAGCAUGGGAUGAUGUUUACAGCAAAACAUUCACCAAUUGCUUUCGAAAAUCAGGAAUUUCCCAAAAGGAUGCAGAAAGAGCGAUCAACGAAGAUGACGACCCUUUUAAAAGUUUAACCAGCGAAGUGAAGAAGACCCAAUUCCAACCCUCGAUGCUGAACUCUCUUACAUAAAACGAAGGUUUCCUGACCACAUUGAUCCUGACUUAUCAACUGAAGAUUUCAUUGAUUUUGACAUUGAAGUCAGUACAUCCCAUGGGCGUCUGAAGACUGCUGACAUCAUUGCUGAGAUCACUGGGACUCAAGACGAAGAAUUAGAAGAGGUCGACGAAGAAGACAAGGAGGAAGAAGAUAAGAUCACAAGACCGACGGCCGAGCAAGUGCGUACAGCUAUCAACGUCCUCGAAGACUUGAGUAUUUUUUCACAUUUUGGAGAAGAAAUGAUAGCUUCCCUGAGGGACUUGAAUCGUAAUAUCGCCAAAGAUUUUGAUAUGAGUUGUAAGCAAACAGUUAUCACCGACUUCUUUUCUAAAUAAACAUUAAAAAAUUCAUUAAAAGUGUAUUGUUUUGACUUUCAUUAACCUAAUAGCCCCCUUAAAGUUAGACUUAAGAUUAAAUAUAACGUUUUUAUCCAGCUGGUUCACGUAAAGGGAGGAUAUUGCGCUAAAAGUUGAAAACCUCUACAACUCGAAUGUCUCCAUAACUCGAACGAUUUCCUUUUCCCCGUGGCUGUUCGAGUUAUGGAGACUCUACUGUAAUUCAUUACAUCCAUCAAGAGCGGAGAUGUACAAUCAUGUUUUCACACUACUCCAUUUUGGUGUAAACAAGCACGUAUUUAAAACUUUGCUUGGAACUGUAUUUAAGGUUAAACUAUAAGUUCAUUCACUCUACAUCUAGAUUCUUAUAAAUUUUCUGCUGUUAGGGACCUUCUUAAUGUAUGUAUAUUUUGACAGAAAUAUUUUAAAAUAUAAUAACACAUUACAUAAAAGAAUUAAAAUUUUUUUUCUUUUUUUUUUUACUUUUUUUUUCUUUUAUCGUUUACUUCUUUUAUUUGAUUUUUUAUUUGAUUUUAUUUUGCAGUAGGGAGGGCACGUAGUGUAGUGUAGAUAGAAUGUUUUUACUUUAAUUUGUCAAUGUAAGUGCGAGAAAGAAGAUCUUAGAUAUCUUUCAGCUGAAUUGAGAUUUUAACUAAGCUUUUAUUUAACUAUGGUUAGUUUUGUUUAUGUUUGCAAAGCUAUCUUCGUUUAACUGUUGCUUAAUUGUUGCUUGUUGACUAUCUAUUUGGGAAAACAAAAUUUAUGUGUUUUCUUGCUCAAUGCAGCUGGUGCUUCAAUCUAAGCAACCUCCAUGAUCGAACUAAAACUUCGGUUCAAUCAACCUUGUCGUCGUAUGAAACAUACAUGAUUUUUAGAGAAGGAAAGUCUCCAAAAUUUUUCCUGUUUUUUUAAUCUUUACUUUUUUAUAUUUUGUACUUUUUUUAUUUACUAACUUCAGGCUGUCUGUUGCUUAUAAUUUGGUUUACUUUUUGAAUGAUUUGAGAGUCACGUUGUUAAUAAGAUUGUGUACAUGUCAACCGCAUAAAAAAGAUGCAUCAUGUGACGAUAACUUGAUAGUUGCGUCUUUUGAAACCUCAACGGAUUAACACUGUUUGGGCCAAAUGAAACUGGGCCUAAAAAUCUCCCCUCCCAAUUUUUUGAAAUAACUUCAAAAGCAUACUAUAUUAGGGGUUGAAAUUUGGUGACUCUUCAUCAUUUUUAAUUAGCUUCAGGAUUGGUUUUGCACCACUUCUGUUGUCAUGGUGUCUCAUUGGUCAACAGGUGGACAGAAAAGAAAUCGUAAAACAAUUUUUAUUUUUUAUCUUUUAGCUUUUUUUAUGAGUUUAUCAAGUAAAUUGUAUAAGUUUCUCCUCAAAAGAGAAGUGUAACAUGAAAAGAAACUUCAAUUCACAUCCGAAAUGAAGUGCUUUCUCAAGUAAAACUUGCUCGAUGGAGUGCCUUCAAUGUGACAACGUGAGAUACUCCGUCACUAUCACAAGUAUCUUAACUGCAACAAAUCAACUUCUCUAAAGUAGUACGGAAUUGUGAAUGAUAAUUUCAACGUCUUUGAUGUUGUGAGUGUUAGAAAUGCCUUUGAUAAAGUUUUAUUUUUGUAAUUUGUUUAGCGCCAAUGGAGGAAUUAACUGCCCACUUGACGGAGAACCAAUUGCAA